AUGGGUACCAGAGACAGAUCCCCCGAUAAGGAUAAUUCGCAAGAUCCAGAGCCAAAGAAGAAAGCUGUAAUGGAUAUUCGAACAAGGGCUGGAGGGGCAUAUAUCCCUCCUGCCAAGCUGAAGUUGAUGCAAGAAAAAAUCGCAGACAAAGGUGGAGAGGAAUAUCAAAGGAUGAAUUGGGAACGAUUAAAGAAGAAAGUUCAUGGUUUAAUUAAUAAAGUCAACGUUGGCAAUUUGGUUCCUGUCGUGCGUGAGCUCCUUCAAGAAAAUGUUUUCCGGGGACAAGGUCUCAUAGUCCGUUCCAUCAUGCAAGCCCAAGCUUUUUCACCUGUAUUUUCUAAUAUUUAUGCUGCUUUGGUUGCUGUUAUAAACAGUAAAUUCCCCAAUAUUGGAGACUUGCUGCUCCGUCGACUAAUUAUUCAGUUCAAACGUAGUUUUGUCAGAAACGACAAAGGAACUGCUGUUAUUGUUACCAAGUUUAUUGCCCACCUUGUUAAUCAGAAUGUUGUUAAUGAAGUUGUUGCGUUAGAAAUCAUUUUCCUAAUGCUUCACAAUCCCACUGACGAUUCCGUGGAAGUAGCCAUAGCUCUUCUGAAGGAGUGUGGAUCCAGACUUCUCCUUGUUGCAAAAAAAGCUUUGAAUAUAGUUUUUGAUCGUUUGAGAGCGAUUUUACAAGAUGUAUCCAAGGAAGGAUCUGGAUUAGAUAAGCGUGUAGAGUAUAUGAUCCAUGCUGUCAUGGCUAUUCGCAAGGAAAACUUUGUGGCAUAUCCUGCAGUUGUAGAUGAUCUGGAUUUGAUUGAUGAAAAGGAUCAAAUCAGUCAUGUAAAGAGCAUUGAUGAUACUAUGGAUGCUGAGAACAUGCUAAAUGUCUUCAAAUUUGAUACUGAUUUCGAGAAAAAUGAAGCUGAUUACGAUGAAAUCAGGAAAAAUAUAAUCGGAGAUGCAGAAGACAGUGACGAAGAUGAUGAUGAUGACGAUGACGAUGAAGAAGGUGGAGAGGGAAAUCAAGAUGCAGGAGAAUCAAACACCAUGGAAAUUAUUGACAAAACAGAGUUGAACUUGGCAGCCUUCCGUCGACGAAUAUAUUUGACCAUUCAAUCUUCACUGGAUUAUCAAGAAGCUUGUCAUAAAAUUUUGAAGAUUGGAAUAGAAAAAGAAAUGGAGACAGAGCUAUGCCAUAUGCUGGUUGAUUGUUGUACUCAAGAAAGAACCUAUGGUCGUUUUUUUGGUCUCCUUUGUGAACGAUUUUGCAGAUUAAAAGCCGAGUUCCAGUUGGCUUUCGAACAGAUCGUUAGGGAUACCUACGCCACUGUUCAUCGUUUCGAAAUAACAAAACUGCGUAAUAUUUCUAAGCUAUUCUCGCACUUGCUGUAUACGGACGCAAUAAGCUGGAAUGUAUUAUCUGAUAUCAAGAUGACUGAGGAUGACACAACUUCUUCCGGGCGUAUCUAUGUGAAAUACAUAUUUCAAGAAUUGGUUGAACACAUGGGCGUCAUCAAACUAUAUGAGCGACUGAAGGAUCCAACUAUGCAGAGCGCAUUUGCUGGAUUGUUCCCACGGGAUAACCCUCAAAACACUCGUUUUGCGAUCAACUUCUUCACUUUGAUCGGACUCGGGGCUCUAACAAUGGAUUUACGUAAAUUUUUGGAAAAAGGAUUGAAAUCUUCCGAAAAAGAAAAGGCUAAUGAUGAGGACAGUUCAUCUUCCGAGUCAUCUUCUGACUCUUCUGAUUCAGACUCAGACUCAGACUCAGAUUCCAGCUCCUCGAGUUCUUCCAGCUCUUCUGGCUCCUCUGAUUCUUCUUCAGACUCUGACAGUGAUUGA